UCAUCUGUUCCCUUUAUGUGUGCCUUCCGGAAACUCCUCUAAAAUCAUUGGUUGAUGUUGAAUUUUUUUACCCAGUUUUUUUUCUUUAAUUUUGUAGAAGUAUGGCAAAGACAGUUGCCGUUAUUGGUGCUGGUCCGGCUGGCUUAGUUGCCAUCAAGAGUUGUUUAGAAGUCGGUCUCGAACCGACUGCUUUCGAAACUGAUCCUUGGCUAGGAGGUGCUUGGAAAUACACUGACUUAGCUGAUGAAAAACAUAGAAGGAGCUGUGUGGCCUACUCUACCGUAACUAACACUAGCAAGCACGUCAGCUGCUUUAGCGAUUUUCCCAUGCCUAAUGAAUGGCCCAAUUACCUUCCUCAGCAGAAUUACCUCGAAUACUUUCAAAUGUACGCGAAAGAGUUUGGGUUGGAGGAGAGAAUUCGUUUUGAGGCAAAUGUGCUCUCUGUAGAGCCAACGUCAGAUUCGAAAACGGAUCAAAAUGCUCGAUGGAGAGUUCGCUAUCAAGAUUUGAAGCAGAACUGUGAUCAGGUCGAAACGUUCGAUUUUGUGAUGGUUUGUUCUGGAGUCAAUAACGAACCUCGUAUCGACAUUCCAGGAUUGGAUGGGUUUUGUGGUGACGUCAUUCACAGUAAGGAAUACAGAACUUGGAAAAACUUUGAAGGGAAGCGUGUGAUAGUGGUUGGCAUGGGAAAUUCGGCAGGAGAUAUUGCCUGUGAAUUGAGUCAUCAUACAGAACAGGUAUAUCUGAGUACACGGAGUGGUGGUUGGGUUGUUUCUCGCCUGCUAGGUGGGGAUAGUCCUGGAGAUACCAAGUUCCUGACGAGAUUGGUUGAUUCAAUUCCAUCAACAAUCCGUGGACAGGUGUUUCACCACAAACUCAAGAAAGGUGUAAAUUUAGUCAACUUUGGCUUAGAAGCAGCCCAUCCACCAGACAAAAGAUUCCCUUUAAUAAAUGAUGAACUACCACAUCGCAUAAUCACUGGCUCAAUUAAAGUCAAAGCAGAGAUUGCUAAGACAAAAGAAAAAACUGUCAUGUUUGGAGAUGGCUCAAAAGUUGAAGACAUUGAUGUGAUCAUUUUGGCCACUGGGUUUAAGUUUGGUUUUCCAUUUCUCUGUGACUCAUUACUUUGCCCAAAAGACAGGUACAUUCCCUUGUACCGAUAUGUCUUUCCACCAUUUUGUAAUCCAGGUACCAUUGCCAUCAUUGCAGCAGUGCGUGUAAAUGGCCCUAUUCCACCCAUAGCAGAGAUCCAGUCCCGCUGGGCAGUAAGUGUUUUUGCUGGCAAAACUAAACUUCCUGAUUGUCAAAUGAUGGUAGAAGAAAUUGAAAGAAGACAGCAACUGUUAGAGGCCUCCACGAUAGAAUGUUGUCGGGCUUUUCAUAUGGUCAACUUUAUCAGAUAUUCCGAUGAAAUUUCAUCUUUAAUUGGAGCAAGGCCAAAUCUGUGGCACCUCCUCAUGACAGACCCGGUUCUUGCCUUUAGGUGCUUUUUUGGUCCAUGUAUACCAGCUCAGUACAGACUAGUAGGUCGUGGAGCCUGGCCAGAAGCUAGGGACAUCAUAAUGGGGGUCCGAGAGAGCAAGCUGUGCCCACUGAGAACCAGGAAAACAGGCCCAAAGGAAGGGCAAGAUAGGAAUUCAAGUCUAUCGUGGUUAUUUUGCUUGGUAACUGUGUUGAUCCUAUUUCUAUUAAUAUUAAGUACAUCAAAAUAUUUAAUGCAAUAAGUGGAGUGUAACUUUCAUUGGUAGCUUGCAAAUGCAGAUUUAUUUCCAGUUGUCACUUUUCUCCACCAGCAUUUGUUCACAUGGGUAAACCUUAGAAGCUAGAAGUUCUGAUUUUUUAAGAAGCAAACUGUGAUUGAUUAAUAAAUAAUUCUUGGGGAAAAAAAAAUAUUUCCUUUGCUCCUCAAGUUUGCAGACGUGGUUCUUAGGCAGGGAGAUGCAAAAAUGAGAAAUGAGCCUGCAUUUCCAAGCUCAACUUUUAUCAGUAAGCAUAGUGACCUCUGAAAAAAUGAUAAUAAAAAUUUGAUAAUAGUAAUUAUUGUUAGUAAUGAUAAUAAUUUAGCAAUAACUGCCAAAAUUGUGUUGCAUUUAUUGGUCAAGAGCCAUUGUUCUUAGAAAAUUACCACACAUCAAGUUGCUAGCAUUGGUGAACUACUGUGUCUGCAAAAAGAUGUAAAGUAAGAGGGUAGAAAUAUAAAAAUAACCCAAAAGGGAAGGAGUAGAUUGAAUUUGAACUUUAAGGCAACAAGAAAGAAAUGCUCAAAAUUUCAAUUAAGCUCCUCUCAACAGUAAUCUCCACUUUUCCAGAAUCCAUUUAACAAAUGGUAAACACCCGAGCAUACACUAUUGAGUUAUGGAUGCACGUGGGAGGUUGCUAAGCAUGAAAGAAGUGUAAGAGUCAUGCGAGGCAAUAGCCAAGAGGGAUUCUAGAUUCUCAAGUGCUUAGCAAACCUCCCAAGUGCAUCCAUAACUCAAUA